AAAUCCAGCUCCCCCCUCUCACCUCUGUUGUGAGAGCUGGUAGGAGAAGGAACAGUGUGAUUGGCUGUAAGUGAUCACAUGGUACCAGUGAAUCUCCAGGACAGGAAGAAGAACUGAACUGCUGCACGGAGGUAAAAGUUCCUGCAGACAGAACUGAACAGUGGAGAAGGGAUGAUAUGCAUGCAAAUUUGGACACGCUAGUAUCCUAGAACUAGGAUUGAUUUUUACUUAUGGUCAAAUUGAGAGCCAAAAUCGUAAUUCCUCACCAACCAGAAAGGUGGCCAAGGUGCUUGCUUCCUUUGGCUUCCUUCAUUUUUGUCUUUGAACUGACUGAAGGAUCUCUCUGUGCCCACCUAGGACUGUGAACCUUACCAUCAUGAGUAAAAGUUUUUGUUGUGCUGCAAAACAACUCAAGAUAACCAUGCACUUAAAGAUCCAAUUGUUGCAAGUUUGCCAAAUGAGCAGAUCUUUCCCUAAUAUGCCAUCCUGGAGAGUUAGAAGAUCACUAAAGCUGGAGGCCUCUGAAAAAGAUAAACACACAGAGACUCCGUUAAAGACAAACCUCCAGGUUUAUCAAUUUUCCCCUGCAACUGGAGCUUGCCCCUUACCCUCCACAGUAAAGAAAGGAAACAAUUUUAGGCAAGAUGCACAACAAGCUACUGAUGUCGAGUCUGUACCAGAAAAGGCCAGCAGAGGGCAGCUUCUAACAGAUGGAAAUGCAGAUGUCAUUGAGUUGUUUAAAGAAAUGGAAGAGUCAUUGGAGGCAUUUAUGAAAAUGAGACAGAAACUGAAAAAUCUAAAGACUUUGGAGGGCAGCAGAGAGCUUGAAAUUCUUUUUGGGUUCAGUGAAUCAUCAAGUGAUUUGAAAACUGAAAUGCAGAGAGCAAAAUUUCUCAUUUCAGAAGCAAGAAAAAUGAAGAUGUUGCAAUAAACCCAAAAAAAGAUGAAAAGCAACCCCCCCCCGACUGUACUUCCGGCUUCUAAUGGCAUUCUUAUGCUGAGGAGAUAUAAAUAUCCAGCUAUCCAGAUAUUACAAAUAUCCAGGUGCUUUGUAUGUGCUGAUGACAACAAAAUUGAAAAGAAAGACGGUAAUAAUUCUGACUGGUUUUCACUGCAGAAGAUAUCGAUUAUUUGUGUGUGGUGAGAGAUUUGGAAAAUUCAAUUAAAGGAGUUGUGCAAAGGUUUCAUAAAUUUUCCUUCUAUACCGUGUACACAGACAUUGAUGCGUAUUAAAUCAAUGCAGCACUUCACAAUAUAUUUCCUUUGAAACAUAAAAAUAAAUAACAUUUAAACAGUUCUGCUUACUACAGAAACAAAUUUUAUUUUCUGUGAAGCAUUUAGUCAUGUGCUAUCACUGACUCGUACACAUUUGCCAGCUGUAACAAAUUUUAUAGACAUUUCCUCCAGAGACACAUCUUAUGUACUAUGAAUUUUUAAAUGAGCAAAUGGUAGAGAUGGGCUGUCAGCAGUAUAAAAAUUGAUCAGUUAAAAGAUAAAGGCAUAAGUAAAGAGAUUUGUAUGGUAGCCUUAAUAGGUUUUAUUAAAUAAAAAUACUAUAAAAGCCUGUAAUGAAUAGACUGAGGAUUUUUAACUGUGGUUGAAGUGGAAAAAAAUUAUUCUGGCACAGUUAGACGAAGAUUGGUUUUAUAUUACCCGAGACUUUUUAUGUUCUUUUCCCUCUAAGAUCUGCUAAUGCAACAGAAAAUAGGAUCGGAGGCAUUACAGGUUGGCGCUUUGAUGAAGCUGCUUCGACGUUGAGAUAUGCCAACCUGUGAUCUGGGUGUAUCUGGGCUCUGUCUGUCCCCCCUCGUGGCCAUGUCCCUGACCCACCCCCCAAUUGUGCUCCCUGCUAGGCUGCUUUGGAAGAUUUUGGUGAUGUUUCUGUGCAUUUCACAGAAGUGGGCAUACAGUUGGACACGCGUUCCUUCAAAUUUUGAUUUCUUGUGGUAGGAAACAUUUAAUAUCAAACAUCUGAAAGGAAAAGUGUCUUUGGCUUGGACAUAAAAUUGCAUCUGCCUCGAUCAUCUUAAAAGGAAAGAAGAAAUGCUUGUAAAUCAAUCUGCCCAGCAAAUACCAGUUAUGGAUGCCUCCAAGCACUGGGCAGGUGCACGCCUAGAUAUAGUUUCUUGCAUCUAAUUUAAACUUUACACUGUACUCAAGCAGAUAAUCUCAAUGUAAAUAACACAUUUUAUGGAUAUAGGACUUGAUAUCCUGUGUUUUGCAGAAUCUUCCUACUAACCUUUAUGAUACAAUAUUAUUGAUAAAUGGAAACGGGGUGCUAUGUAACAUAGCUGAUUUUGAAUUCAUGCCAAAUACACAGUUUGCUUUACAGAAUGUAAAUGAUAAAAAGAUGAUUUUCUCAGGUUGCACAUAUUUAACAUAAAAAUAAUUCAGCCAAAAAAAUUGGUAUUAGUGUUAUGGAAUAACCAUGUAAAUAUGCAUUGCUUCCCCUACUGGUCACUGGCCUCUUCUUCUAGCGCAGAAACCUAUUUCCCGUAAAGUCUUGCUCUGUUAAUUAGUGUUUGCAGGCUGCCCUGCAAUGCAAUAUGGGGACAUUCAGAGAGCGAAGCCACAGUUAUACUAACUAGAGUCUCAGCUUUCAGAUACUGUACUUUACUGACCAAGUUCCAUACUUGACCUUGCAGAUCAAGCACAAAGGUUAAAGAUUUUACAAAGUUUAACAGCCGGCAAUAAAAAGGCUUUUUAUGUUUCAUUAAGCUUGAAUCAUCUUUUCAGAAAUAAAGAACAUUGCUACAUUCA